AUGUCCAACGCUGUAGUAACAGUUUCUUCCUCCAUGAAUCCUCUGAUAUUAUCCCUCGUUGAAAAUGGUAAAACUCUUUCGAGCCAACUUAAGAAGGCCAAAAACCAAACCAAGAUAGAAGAUAAUAGUUCUACCAUCACCAGGCAAGAGAGGCUAAAAAUCAUUCAUGAAGAUGUCCAAAAGGUGGUUCAUCAAGCACUCGAAAAAAUUGAGAGUCACCAACUUCCUUCCUCUUUCCCUGAAACUAUCAUUCCUAAACUCUAUCAAAAAAUCCAAACCAUUCUUCAUAAUUUCAUCAAGCAUGACACUAAUAAUGCCUCAAAAUACGAGGAACUUGCAAAGAUUGUUAAUGACAAGAAGCAAUCAUUAGCUGUUGGAGCCUCUCCACAACCUGGUGUGCAGCCACAUCACAGUGCGUCACUCGCCCGUAGUUCUACUCAGCUUGAAGCUUCUAGUACUUCAAAUGAUCAGCUAGAAGAUGGGUUUGCAAGCCUCGGUGAUACAGAGAAGAGUUGUUUGAUAUGCUUCUAUUUGUUCUCUGCUGGUAAAGAGAUAAAGAAAAGAGAGCCGAUCCAUUUGUGGAUUGGCAUGAAUUUAGUUCAAAAUCAAUCCGAGGGUGCGCAAAAGUUGGCUAAGCUUGUGGCCAACGGAUUCAUUGAGCGCACUAUUGGCAACAAAAUGUUGUGCAACAGGUACAAGAUGAAUGGAAAUGUCCGCUACAUGGUUGCUCCAAAGGUGAACAUAAAAGAAGAGGGUCCUUGGUUGAUAAUGGAUCAUCAGCCACAACAGCAGCAGCAACAGCAACAGCAUCAACAGUCACAAAACUCACAACCAGCUAGUAACAAUCCUGUUCCGGCUGUAGUUCAACAAAAAUCGUUCCUAAAUCGCAUCUCUACAUUCAAUCAGAAGGGUCAAGAUGACAAAGAUGUGACAGGGACCUUGGUGCUCAACAUCAGAGAGAACUUUCUGGGUGGUACGACGUUCAAACGGCUCUCUGAUAAGAAGAGCACUGUUAAAGUGCUACACCUUGGUAGCUGGGACCAUAACCACAAGAGGUAUAUUAUGGUUGAAGAUAUUGAAGCCUUGAAGGCUUUGAUAAAGCAAAUGGGGCAAGUGACUUAUUUAAGCCUUGAAGGGAUAUCAGGAAUUGUAAAAUUGCCAGACUCAGUUUACAAGCUUGAGUAUCUAAAGGUCUUGGAUCUAAGAGCAUGUCCUAACUUGGAGUCUCUUUCAGAAGGGAUCGAUUCGUUGAAACAACUUACACACUUGGACUUGUCGGAGUGCUACCUACUUGCCUACAUCCCCAAGGGAAUCACUUCCCUAACCGAGCUUAGAGUGCUCAAGGGAUUUGUAAUUAAUCCCGAAGAUACUCAAGGAAGGGGAAAUAAUGGAAAAGCUAAAGGAAAAAAUGCAUCUCCAACAGCAUUAUUUAGUGAUUUAUUGAAACUCAAGAAGCUGGUCAAAUUAACCAUCCGGACUAGAAGAAUCAACUUUCCAACCACCGAUGAUUUUGUAACAUUAAGUUCGAUGGAGUUGCUCGAAAAUCUCCGAGUUGCUUGGGUGUGGAGUUCUGCUGAUGGUCCAAGUGACAGUGCUUCAGCAACAUUUCCUCCAAGCCUUAAGAAACUGGAGCUCCAGGCUGCCCCAGAGGACACAAUGUCCCGACUGCUAAGGCUGAUAAGUGAAGAUACAAAGAGCUCUUUGGAGAAACUCUAUAUUAGAGGAGGCCGGUUUUGGGAUCUAGGCAUGGAGAUGCAUUGUUUUCAACAUGUACACACAGUACGUCUCCGGUACUUGCCUGAGCUACGCAUCAAUUGGGAUGAAUUUAUCGACAUUUUCCCUAAAACUAACCCGUCUGGUAGUUUUGGAAUGCCCCAAUCUCAUCUUCUUCCCAUGCGAUGA